CUUGCAAUCCUCGGAUCAUUAAGGCGCCGGACAGCUCAUCGAUCCGGGUCAAAAGGGGCCUAGACCAAGGCUACAGCCCAUGGGCCCCCGUCCCAAAUUGUACCCGAUAAUCCCUGGGCAGGGCCGGCUGGCUCCCAGACUGAACGGGAUAAGAUCUAGAAAGCCCGACCCGACCCGGCCUCUCGAUAGCACGACGGCUAGGGUUCUUUGGCGAGAUUUGCAAGCGUCUCCGUCCUUUCGUCCUCGCUGCCGCCGCUGAACGGCGGCGAAUCUCCUUCCAGCCAGAACUGGUUUACCUUCCAUCUCACCUUUUCUCUCUCGAUCUCUCUCUGUGGAGAGAUUUCUCCUGGAGAUGCAUUACUGAUCUUCUUACACCAGUUACCGACUGAGAUUUUUCAUGGAAGGAGCAAUCAUACCUAGAGUCGAGGAUGAGUUCGUUGAGUAUAUUCAACAAAAGAAAAGGAGGGGGAGGGCAACUUCAAUAGUUUGGGAGCACUUUGAUAAGCUUAAAGACGAAGUAGAUAAUGUAUGGAAAACUCAAUGCAAGCAUUGCAAGCAAAUAUACUCGAGUGCUCAAAAAAAUGGUACCUCUCAUUUAAAGCGCCAUAUGGAUCGUUGCCCCAUAAUUAGGGCAUCUGGAUUGAUAUUUCCUACGGUGAGCACACCAAUAGUGAGCGAUGGACUCGCAGGAUAUGAAUCAAGUAAUAAACGUUCAAGGUCUGUUUCAAAAGUAUGGGAAGAUUUUGAGAAACUCAAAGCUGAAAGAGAUGAUAUUUUGAAGGCUAGAUGUAUACAUUGUAAACAAAUUCUCUCAGGGGCUUCUAAGCAUGGAACGUCUCAUUUAAAGCGCCAUCUUGAGAGGUGUCCAAAACGUCGAAACCAUGAAGUUAGGCAACUCUUGCUGUCAAGUGAAGUGAGGAGCAUAAAACAACUUUUUUCAUCAAAUGAAGCUCUUGUUGAUGGAAGCACGCCAUUGAAGAAGUGUGCACUAGACCAAACUGAAAUAUUAAAGGCAAUUUCAGCUUUCAUUAUAUGUGGAAAGCAUUCGGUAACACUUGUUGAAGAACUUGGAUUUAGGCAGAUGAUGACUAAAGUUUGUCCUGAAUUUGAAAAUGUUAAUGCACAGGCCAUUAGAAGGAAGAUUUUUUCUAGUUAUUUGAAGGAGAGGGAGAGUUUGAAGGAGCUUUUAGGAAGAAUACCUGGUAGAAUAUGUUUAACUUGUGAGAAUUGGAGCUCUGAUUAUAGCAAGAAUGGAUAUAUGUGCAUCACUGCUCAUUUUAUUGAUAAUGAUUGGAAAUUGGUGAAGAAGAUUAUUUAUUUUAAACCUUUAGUACCCCCCUUUAAUGGAACAUUGUUUGCUGAUGAGAUAGCACUUUGCUUAAGUAUGUGGAACAUUGACACUAAAAUUUUUACUAUUACUUCUAGUAAUGCCUCAUACGAUGACAACUUUGUUGAUACUCUUAAAGGUUGUCUUUUAGCUAAGAAAAAUCUUUUAAUUGGUGGCUGCUUUUUUCAAGUUCGAAGUUGCUGCCAAAUUCUGGAUAUUAUUGUAAAAGCUAUUUUUAAUCUUGUUGAUGAUGUUGUUGAUAAGAUUCGGAGUGGAAUAGAACACAUUCGAAAAUUCACAUCAAGAAAGAAAAAAUUUUAUAUGAUUGCUUCCAAGGAAUUCCAAUUGGACACUAAAAAGAGACUGCAUCCGGAUGUGUAUUUUAGGUGGAAUACUACUUAUAUGAUGAUUGAACGUGCUCUUUAUUACAAAAGCAUGUUGCAAUAUUGGGGAGAACAUGACAGUAAUUUCCUUUAUUAUAAUCUCUCUGCUGAAGAGUGGGAAAAGUUGGCAAUUAUUCAAAAAUUUUUAGCAGUGUUCUAUGAGUUGGAGAGCGCAUUUUCUACUGCUAAACAUCCAACUUCCAACCUUUAUUUCAGGGCAUUGUGGAAAGUUCAUAUGCACUUAUUGAAAGCAGUAAGAGGUCCAUUUUCAUUCAUGACUAGAAUGGCUACAGAUAUGCAAGAGAAAUUUGAAAAAUAUUGGAUAAAGCAUAACUUAAUCUUAUCAUGUGCGGCAGUUUUGGAUCCCCGUUACAAGGUGAAGCUUGUAGAGUUUUGCUAUACAAAAAUCUAUGGUGAUAAGGCUGAGGAUUUUGUCAACACAACUGUUAGAACUCUGUAUGGUCUAUUUGAUGAAUAUAAGCCAAAUUUUGUGACAAGUUCUUCAUGCACUAGGACCUUUGCAGCUCCUGCUGUUGCAGAACAUGGAAAUGUAGAUAAGGAUGAAUUUGAAGAUUAUGAACAGUUUUUGAGUAGGAAAUCUAGGCCUCAAGGUGAGAAAUCUCAAUUGGAUCUCUACCUAGAAGAACCAGGUCCCGACUUUAACAGUGAUAUUAAUGUCUUAGAAUAUUGGAAUAAUAGUUCGAUGCGAUAUCCUGAGCUUGCAAUGAUGGCCCGCGACAUCCUGACAAUACCAAUGUCCUCUGCUUUUAUGGAAGCUAGCUUCAACAUUGGAAAGAGGGUUCUACAUUCUGGCCAAAGUUUGCUUGAUCCAAAGAUGGUUCAAGCUUUAGUUUGUCUUUCAGAUUGGACUUAUUCAGCUUUAGAGAAAUUAUCUGGCACCAGUAUGACGGUCAUCCAUGAAAAUGGUGAUCCCUGUGUAAGUGAUGAAGAGAAUGACUUAGAUGAUUUGGACAUUGAAGAGGGCACCUUUCCUUAGCUCUCCAUGGGAUGCAAGAUUGAGGAGAUGGGCAGAAGAAUAAAAAUGGUAUCAAUACCUUUCUGAAACUUCUGUAAAUAAUUUUUGUGGUACUUGCGAUUUUUAUUUGCAUGUUAAUGGACAUUUUUCUGCUUGAAUAUAUAAUUGUGUUCUUAUCUGCUGCAUAUUUUCUGUAAUUUUUUUUUUAA